AGUCUGUUUGAUUUUGUGAAGAUGGCGGCGAGUACGUGAAUGGCUGAAGAGGACCAGAGCAACAAAAUUUUCAUUCCAUUAUAUAUUUUUUUCUGACGCCGUUUAAGAUAUAGUACGAUCCAAUCCACGAAUGUUUCAAUAUAGUAACAAGUUAAGUAGAUUUUCUAAAAAGAAGUAUUAGGAUGGUAAUAUGACACAGAGCAAAAAGAAGAAACGGGCGAAUCGCAGUCUUCUGCUGGCUAAAAAAAUCAUCAUCAAGGAUGGAGGGACAUCACAAGGCUUCGGGUCGCCCAGUGUUUACCAUGCCGUCAUCGUCAUCUUCCUGGAGUUCUUCGCAUGGGGUCUCCUCACUGCUCCUACGCUGGUGGUCCUCCACGAGACUUUCCCUAAGCACACGUUCCUAAUGAAUGGCCUGAUUCAGGGGGUUAAGGGCCUGCUGUCGUUCCUGAGUGCUCCUUUAAUCGGGGCACUAUCAGAUGUGUGGGGGCGGAAGUCCUUCCUGCUGCUCACAGUGUUCUUUACCUGUGCCCCCAUCCCGCUCAUGAAGAUCAGCCCUUGGUGGUAUUUUGCGGUGAUCUCUGUGUCCGGGGUGUUUGCCGUUACGUUCUCGGUGGUGUUUGCCUAUGUGGCAGACAUCACACAGGAGCAUGAGAGAAGCAUGGCGUACGGCCUGGUGUCAGCCACUUUUGCGGCGAGCCUGGUGACGAGCCCGGCGAUCGGCGCGUACCUGGGCCGCGUGUACGGGGACAGUCUGGUGGUGGUGCUGGCGUCGGCCAUCGCCAUGCUGGACAUCUGCUUCAUCCUGGUGGCCGUGCCCGAGUCGCUGCCCGAGAAGAUGAGGCCCGCCUCCUGGGGAGCGCCCAUCUCCUGGGAGCAGGCCGACCCCUUCGCUUCUCUGAGGAAAGUGGGCCAGGACUCUACAGUGCUGCUGAUCUGUAUAACGGUGUUCCUGUCUUAUCUACCUGAGGCCGGACAGUAUUCCAGCUUCUUCCUCUACCUGCGACAGAUCAUGGACUUCUCUCCUGAGAGUGUGGCCGCCUUCAUCGCUGUGUUGGGUCUGCUGUCCAUCGUCGCACAGACGGUGGUGUUGAGUCUGCUGAUGCGCUCCAUUGGGAACAAGAACACCAUUUUACUGGGACUGGGCUUCCAGAUACUGCAGCUGGCCUGGUAUGGGUUCGGAUCAGAACCCUGGAUGAUGUGGGCCGCGGGAGCAGUGGCCGCCAUGUCCAGCAUCACGUUUCCUGCAGUGAGCGCACUGGUGUCCCGCACUGCUGACCCCGACCAGCAAGGCGUAGGCCAGGGCAUGGUGACGGGGAUUCGUGGGCUGUGUAACGGUUUGGGUCCUGCUCUAUACGGUUUCAUCUUCUACAUCUUCCACGUUGAACUGGACGAAGCCCCCGACGAGGGAAUGGACACACAUCACGCACACCAUCACCAACAGAGUGCCAUAAUCCCGGGCCCCCCGUUCCUGUUUGGGUCGUGCUCUGUGCUGCUGGCCCUGUUGGUGGCGCUGUUCAUCCCGGAGCACCCCCACAUGGGUGUGUCCCGUGGGGGCAGCUGGAAGAAGCACACGUCCCCCCACAGCCACCCCCACUCCGCCCAGCCCCCCGGCGAGGCCAAGGAACCACUGCUGCAGGACUCCAACGUCUGACUGAAACACACACACAUGGACACACACACACACACACACACACACACACACAGACACACACCCAGAACGCCAACACCCCAAAGCCAAAACUAGAUGUCCCUCACAGAUUUGCCCCCAACGGGUCCAGCGUAGGGGCAACUCUCCUCUGCUGCUGGAUACUGACAUCUACCCCCCUCUCCCCACACAAAGCCAAACCCUUCUGCCCUCUUGCCCCCUGCCUCCUGCCCUCUUGCCCUCAGCACAGGGGCUGCCCUCUCCCUGGACCUGGCCGCACAAUCAGGCCUGGACAGCAGCUAGGGGACCGGGCCAGGCCAAAACCUCUACUGGACCUCCUCCGGAUCUCUCCCGCGGCCUGCUGCUGUGUGUGUGUGUGUGUGUGUGUGUUUGUGUGUGUGAGAGUGUGUGUGGGGGUUGAGAAGCAGGCAUGGGACGCAGCGAGAGAGAGCCAACACAAAACCGAUAUCAUGAGCAUAGCACCACUUUUUCUAAGGAGAUGAAUGCUGUACAUAGAGGGCGCAGAUAUUACGGCGGCGGUUGCGUUUAAAGGCACUAUUGUAACGGCUCGUAUUUAUUUCUUUUAUUCUGUUUGUUUACGGUCAUUAUGCCUUUUAAAUGUGCUCAUUCAUGUCAUGAGAUUCUCCACUGAUGCAUAGCCCUCAGGGACUCACGAGUGGGUGAGUGUGUAUGUGUGUGCAUGCAAGUGUGUGCAUGCAAGUGCGUGUGUGCGUGCGUGAGUGCGUGCGUGUGUCUGCGAGCAUGCGUGUGUGCGUGUGUGUGUGUGUGUUCAGAGGAUGGAAAGAUGGAGUUGGGUCACACACAGAACGUCCAGAGCAAGGAGUAGAACCGUUGUAGAACCUCACUGUCUGGGUCUGCAUAGGUAGUUUUCCAGAGGUGUGGGGGGAGGUUCUUUGUGUUCCUCUCGGUUCUCCGCUCCUGCUAUGAGAAGCCUUAAGAACCCACUAAGCCGGGUCUGGGUUUGAGGAGGUGGAGGGGCUGGACCAUUCGCCUUUUUGUUUUUGGUUUUGCGUUUUCGUUUUCCCAGAAGCACCUUCUUCACGCUCCAUAUCCGAACGGUGGCCUGUGCAUUGUGACUCGUUUUAAACUCCAGUUAUUGGUGCCUUCUUCCUCACACUGCUGGUGUACUCUAGACGAGGGUUGGGGAGGGUGACAGACACAUACACACACCCUCCCCUCCCUCCCUCUGGAUGUUCACCUGAGCCUUUAUGUUGACGUUUCAUAGAUUGUCCUCUGAGCUGCGAGGCGUGCCAUUGCUCACCGGGGCCCCCUGGUGGCCAUUACGGACUCAACAAGUUCAGUGAGAACAGAACGAGAGAAAUGGGCCACCACACACUCGCAGUCGUGACAUUUGACCAAAUAACUAGAGAUCUUUGGAAUUAUAACAGGUGUGAAUUUAUCUGAUCUAUUUAGCUGUGUGUUUUACUUAUUUAAGAGGUGUUUUUUUUUCUCUCUCAUUGUAAUAUAUUUGCGAUUUCAUUGAGUUCUGUCUGAGACUGUGUGCUUUCAUUGCUGUUUUUUUCAGUUUUUUUCUGUUUUCUGUGGUCAUGAGUUUGCUGCCUUUCAUCUCCAUUUUAACAUGACGUCGUUGACUGAACCUGUAAAUACCUUGAGAGUAUGCGGCCAUGCAUUUCAAUAAAGUUGGAUAUUUUGACGUAA